AUGGCUGGUCAAGAACAUAAAGCACGGCGAAUAGAGGAGCUGGCUAUGUCUUUUGUGCAAGGAGACACCAUCGACGUUCGCGUCCAUGACAGCGACGGCCGCCGCGGGCAUAUUCAUUCAGAGCACUCCAUCGAAGUUCACGUGCAACAUGGUGACAGCCAUAGAAGUUGGCAUCUAAACAAAUACCUCCUCUGCAACGAGUCCGCCUAUUUCCGCAACGCCCGCGACAAGGGACACCUUAGACACGCCGCGCCUCCAAUCCUGCUCGAGGACACCGACCCCGCCAUCUUCGACUCGUUCGUUCGGUUUCUAUCCAAAGGGGACUACGAACUCACGGUUUCGGGCGUCAGCGGCGAUGCUAUGGAUGCACAAGCCUCUCCCUCAUUGGACCCGAUCCACCAUACCAAGGCCUGGAUCCUCGGCUGGCAGCUCCAAUCGGCAUCCUUCAUGGACUGCGCCGUUCGCAAAGUAGCCGCACCGUGCGGAUUUCGAGCCCUUCCCGUCCAGAUCGAACCAGGCGGCAUCGCCUACGCCUUCGAAGGCACUGAAUCCGCACCCGGUCAACGUCAACGUCUCAUCACCGCUAUCUCGUACGCGCUGCGGAGGAUGGCCAAGCUUGAGUCGGGAUACGGGCGCGGGUUGGAUAGGGCUAUUCUGAGAUCUCCAGGAGCUGGCGUCCAGAAGUCAGUGGAGGAGGUGCUUGUGGGCUUGGAUUUGGACGAGGAGCCGGAAGUCUAUGUGCAUAAAUACUGGGUUCGACGUCCCUAUGCGGGGUUUGGCUACUGA